CAGAGGUUUUAUGGUCCGGCCCGGUAGAUAUUGAUGGAAAUAGACGAGUACCAGAUAAGGAUGCAUUGAAAAGAUUAAAUGAUUGGAGAUUUCGAAUGGUUGAACGAGGUGUGCGGGCAGAGCCAUUACAGCCUUUAUGGUGUGUUCGUACUGGACGAUGCAAUAAUGAAACAUACCCAAAUAUCUAG